AUGAGGGAUCCGGUUGACGAGCCAAUGGAAAUUUGUGAGCAGUACUAUGCUCCAUCGCCCAGAUCAACUUCAUCCGUUAGGAAUGCGCCUGAUGCAGACCUCGAGCCGGCCCUAAGUUCCGGAGAAGCGUCUGCUGAACUGGAGGAUAUUGUGCCAUCAAUGGUUGAUUUUGCGGAGCAGUCGGCGCUUAUGGAAAGGAUUCGUGAUCAUAAAACGGCCAGGAAUCUUCCGACUCGCUGGGAUGAUGAUGAUGAAGGUAUUGCCGAGAAGGAUAUGACUGAUCCGAAAGAACAGGCUCUCACGGCUGCCGAAAAUGGCAAUUUGCAAUUACUCAAGGAGUUGAUGGCCAAGAAUCCAUCCUUGUUGACGGCUCGCGAUAUGGAUGGCUAUACGGCACUGCAUCGAGCAGCAUAUGGUGGUCAUGUUGAAGCGGUGGAGUAUUUGCUCUCACUAGGCGCUGAUCCAGAAUGGACGACAGAUGAUGGAUGGACGGUGUUGCAUUGCGCUGCAACAUGGGCCAUGUACGAAGUGGUGGCCCUGCUGCUCCGGCAUGGCAUUAAUGUCAAUAGUCGUACGAACGGCCAACUAACACCACUCCAUCUCGCCGUCUCAUCAAAUCAACCACAAGAUCGUGUACUCACUACUAUCCACUACCUCCUCGAAGCACCAGGUUUAUAA